AUGCGUUUUACCACCUACGCCACUUUCUUGGCUGGCGCUGCCAGCGCUGCACCGACCUACAACAUUGCUCGCGGCACCAACCUUCCAGCAGAGCCAGUCUACCGCCGAAGCGACGCCGACGCUGCCACUUCCUACCAAGUUGGCAAACGAUCUGACGCUGACGCUGCCACUGCCUACCAGGUAGGAAAGCGAUCAGACGCUGACGCUGCUACUGCCUACCAGGUGGGAAAGCGAUCAGACGCUGACGCUGCUACUGCCUACCAGGUGGGAAAGCGAUCAGAUGCUGACGCUGCCACUGCCUACCAAGUUGGCAAGCGGUCAGAUGCCGAUGCCGCCACUGCCUACCAGGUGGGAAAGCGAUCAGACGCUGAUGCUGCUACUGUCUACCAGGUGGGAAAGCGAUCAGACGCUGACGCUGCCACUGCCUACCAGGUGGGAAAGCGAUCGGACGCUGACGCUGCCACUGUCUACCAGGUGGGAAAGCGAUCAGAUGCCGAUGCUGCUACUGCCUACCAGGUGGGAAAGCGAUCAGACGCUGACGCUGCCACUGUCUACCAGGUGGGAAAGCGAUCGGACGCUGACGCUGCCACUGUCUACCAGGUGGGAAAGCGAUCAGACGCUGAUGCUGCUACUGCCUACCAAGUUGGCAAGAACUAA